AAAGUCAAUUAAUACAAUAAAUAGUGAGAGAAGGUGGUGUAUUGCUUUAAAAAUUGAAAAACAUAACAGAAACUUAAAGAAAAAUGAUACAAAUAGGCCUAAAAAUGAUAUAACAAUAAGUUAGUUUUGAACUACAACUAUGUAUCGACUAUUUGCGUUAUUAUUUUUCAUUAAAUCAACACACACCUUAUCAGAAGGAUACUGUGCAUCAUACCAUGGUAAUAUCUGUAAAAACUACAUUUUAAGUACAAAACAGGUAUGGUACAAUAACAGCGGAGGAUAUGAGAACGAAUUAAUCACUACAGCUCUAUGGGAUGAAAUAAUAGUGCCACUUGAAGAACCAUGUCGUUCAGCGGCAGAAAAGUUGCUUUGUUUUUAUGCAUUUCCAGACUGCAACAUCUCCAAACCUCUUCCACUUUGUUACGAAGACUGUGUAGCCGUAAAACAACUAUUUUGUUACAAAGACUGGGCUCUUAUAGAGGACAAAAAAGAACAAGGCAUCUUUGUCAAAUCCAGAGGCCAUUUCCGUCUGCCUGAUUGUGCAGGUUUUCCUAAAUUUAAUAAAGAUAUGGUAGAAUGUUCUUAUGCAGGCCUAACUGAAUUAAAAUUAGAUGAAAUAACUUACGAUUGUGUAAAAGGAAGGGGUAGGUUUUAUCAAGGAAAGGUAAAUUUAACUAAAGAUGGAAUUCCUUGCCAAAGAUGGGAUUCACAGUCACCUCACACACACGAUUCACCCCCACAUAUAUUUCCUGAGUUGAAAAAUGCAGAAAACUAUUGCAGAAAUACUGGAGCAGAAGAAAAAAGGCCUUGGUGUUUUACUACGAAUCCUAAUAUCAGGUGGCAACAUUGUGAUAUACCACGCUGUCCAAAUUCUACUUUUGAUGAAUUGGACACACGUACUAUAGCUAUGGACCAGAUAUUAUCACCUACAUUUCUUAUUAUAAUAUCUACAGUGGGACUUCUGGUCCUGGUGACUUGUUUGUUACUCAUUUUAUUGUGUUACAGAAUCCACAAAAGACAUUUAAUGGGAUAUAAUGCCCCUGAAGCUGCUGAAGUCAAUAUAGACUUGGAUAAACUGCCUAGCAAUAUGGCCUAUCACAGUCAUGGUGCUACCUUAAAUCCAAAAUUAGAGAAGCUUGAAUUUCCUAGAAAUGAUAUAAUAUACAUUAGAGACUUGGGACAAGGUGCUUUUGGAAGUGUGUUUCAAGCAAAGGCACCUGGACUCAUAGCAGGUGAAGAAUUCACUAUAGUAGCUGUUAAGAUGCUAAAAGAGGAUGCUUCCGAAGACAUGCAAGAAGAUUUUGAAAAAGAGGCAUGUCUUCUAGCUGAAUUUGAUCAUCCGAAUAUUGUAAAACUACUGGGGGUGUGUGCUGUGGGUAGACCAAUGUGCCUGCUUUUUGAAUAUAUGGGAAAAGGGGAUUUGAAUGAAUUUUUAAGACAGUGUUCUCCUAGUAACUAUGUAGUAAGAAGUAUCGUGGAUGGUAGUUCCCCUAGUAGAGAAAUUUACAAAGACAACCAAAUCAGUCACUUGGAUAAGGUUAAUAUAGCUUUACAGAUCUCAUCUGGCAUGGUUUAUUUGUCUCAAAGGAAAUUCGUCCAUAGAGACUUAGCCACUAGGAACUGUCUAAUAAGUGAAGAUAUGGUAGUAAAAAUAGCAGACUUUGGUUUGUCGCAGAAGAUUUACCUUCAAGAUUAUUAUAAAGGUAGUGAUAGAGAUGCCAUUCCAGUGCGGUGGAUGCCAUUGGAGAGCAUCCUUUACAACAAAUACACUCCAGAAUCAGAUGUGUGGGCUUUUGGUGUCUGCCUGUGGGAAAUAUUUUCCUACGCCUUACAACCAUACUAUGGAAUGACCCAUGAAGAAGUGAUCAAGUUUUUGAAGGAGGGUAAUGUACUAGCAAGUCCUGAAGGUUGUCCAGCACCUUUGUACGAGGUUAUGAAACAAUGCUGGGGACAGAAACCAGUGGACAGACCCAGUUUCCAAACCAUCUAUCAAACUAUGAUUGAUAUAAGGGUGAAUAUGCUUUCCAUGCCUCUACAUUAAGUUCCUUGUUUUUUAUUAUAUUUUGUUUUUGUUAUGAUCUUAAAAAAAAAAGAAAAACAUGCAUAAAAUAUAUUAUAAGUAGGUACAGUAAAGUUUUUAUUCAAAAUAUUGAAUUUAAAUGGUUUCAAAUGUUUUUCUAAAACUUUGAUAUUUAUAAUAAUUUCCAACGAUUUUCGAAGUGGAAAUGAAAACGUCAAAUAAACUUAAUUUUAAUCCAUUAAUGCAUAUAAUAAUAAAUUAUAUUGUUUUUUUUUUCAAAAUUUUACUUACCUAUACAUAAUUGUCAGUAAUCUUGUUCUUAAUAAGGAAAUAAUCAUGAAAUUAAUUUACAUCUUUGCAUUUUUGAAUUAUGACCCGAUCUAUAGAUAGGACACUGGAUGUUAGGGUUAUUAUAAUUAACUGUAUGUAUGAAUAAGUUCAAAACAGAUCAGAGAAUUAAAAUUUUUAUUUACACCUAAUAAAAACAAGUUUAUUUCUUA